CAUAGGGUACCAGUGGCCGGUCUUCGUAUGCAAAAGUGACGUGGCCACACGCGAAACCUAUGUGUGGAGGCGCAUUUUCGGGGAAAAUGUUGUGAUUUCUUACUGAAUUUCAUCUGUCUUGAAAGUUGAAGAGAAAGAAGAAAGAAAAGAAUGCUGACCAAGUUUGAAACCAAAUCAGCCAGGGUGAAAGGCCUGUGCUUUCACCCGAAUCGUCCCUGGAUCCUGACAAGUCUCCAUAAUGGAACCAUCCAACUCUGGGAUUACCGCAUGUGCACCAUGCUGGAGAAAUUUGACGAACAUGACGGUCCGGUUCGUGGGAUAGGAUUCCAUCAGCAGCAACCUCUCUUCGUCUCGGGCGGGGAUGACUACAAGAUCAAAGUCUGGAACUACAAGCUCAAGAGAUGCCUGUUCACGCUCCUUGGCCAUUUGGAUUACAUCCGCACUGCCUCCUUCCAUCAUGAAUAUCCAUGGAUACUGAGUGCAUCCGAUGACCAGACCAUACGAAUCUGGAACUGGCAAUCCAGAAACUGCAUCCACGUCCUGACAGGUCACAACCAUUACGUCAUGUGCGCCAACUUCCACCCAAGCGAAGACCUGGUUGUUUCUGCCUCACUGGAUCAAACCGUUAGAGUCUGGGAUAUUGGAGGUCUGCGUAAGAAGAACGUUGCCCCAGGACCAGGCGGAAUAGAGGACCACGUCAAGUCUACCAUGACCCCUGACCUCUUUGGAACUGCUGAUGCUGUCGUCAAGCACGUCUUGGAGGGUCACGAUCGUGGCGUCAACUGGGCCUGUUUCCAUCCCACAAUGCCCCUGAUUGUAUCAGCUGCUGACGACCGUUACGUCAAACUUUGGAGAAUGAAUGAUGCAAAGGCCUGGGAGGUUGACACCUGCCGAGGUCACUACAACAAUGUGUCCUGCGUGACCUUUCACCCUCGGCAAGAGCUGAUCCUGAGCAACUCGGAAGACAAGAGCAUUCGCGUCUGGGACAUGUCCAAGAGGACCUGCUUGCAAACAUUCCGUCGUGAUCAUGAUCGUUUCUGGGUCAUCACUCCCCACCCAACCCUCAACCUGUUUGCUGCUGGUCAUGACAGCGGCAUGAUCGUCUUCAAGUUGGAGCGAGAGCGGCCAGCCUAUGCAGUCCACGGCAACCUCCUGUUCUACGUCAAGGAGCGCUACCUGCGUCGACUGGACUUCAACACGUCCAAGGACGUUGCCAUCAUGCAGCUACGCGGAGGCAGCAAGAGCCCAGUCUACAGCAUGGCCUACAAUCCUGCCGAGAACGCCGUUCUCAUCUGCACUCGUGCCAACAACAUUGACAACAGCACCUAUGAUCUGUACCAGGUUCCGAAGGAUGUCGACAAGCAGAACCCUGAUGCGCCUGAAGGCAAGAGAUCUUCAGGUCUCACUGCUACCUGGGUCGCCAGGAACCGAUUUGCUGUUAUGGAUAGGACCCAUGCUGUCAUCAUAAAAAAUCUGAAGAAUGAAGUGACUAAGAAAGUCCAGACGCCAACUUGCGACGAGAUCAUGUACGCCGGCACCGGCAUGCUGCUUCUGCGAGACAACGACACCGUCACCAUGUUUGACGUGCAGCAGAAACGCUCAGUGGGCUCGGUGCGCAUAUCCAAAGUGCGGUAUGCGGUCUGGUCCACCGACAUGUCGCAUGUGGCUCUGCUUGGAAAACACACUCUUGGCAUCUGCAACCGUAAGCUGGACAGCCUGUGCACCAUCCACGAGAACAUCCGCGUCAAGAGCGGAGCUUGGGACGAGAGCGGCGUCUUCAUCUACACGACAAGCAACCACAUCAAAUAUGCCAUCAGCAACGGAGACCACGGCAUCAUCCGCACCCUGGACGUCCCCAUCUACAUCACCCGUGUCAAAGGUCAAAACGUCUACUGCCUGGACCGCGACUGUCGCCCUCGUAUCCUGAACAUCGACCCGACCGAGUACAAGUUCAAACUGGCGUUGAUCCACCGCAAGUAUGACGAAGUGCUGCAUAUGGUGCGCACCGCUAAGCUAGUUGGCCAGUCUAUCAUUGCCUACCUACAGAAGAAGGGAUACCCAGAGGUUGCCUUGCACUUUGUUAAGGACGAGAAGACGCGCUUUGCCCUGGCCCUGGAGUGCGGCAACAUCGAGGUGGCCUUGGAGGCCGCCAGAGCCCUGGACGACAAGAAUUGCUGGGAGAAGCUUGGCGAGGCGGCGCUCUUACAGGGCAACCACCAGGUGGUGGAGAUGGCUUACCAACGCACCAAGAACUUUGACAAGCUGGCGUUCCUGUAUCUCAUCACCGGCAACCUGGAGAAACUACGCAAGAUGAUGAAGAUUGCUGAGAUUCGUAAGGACACCAGUGGUCAGUACCAGUGUGCCAUGUAUCUCGGUGACGUCCAGGAACGGGUCAAGAUUCUCAGAGCUUGCGGACAGAAGGCCCUUGCCUAUCUGACUGCAGCGACCCACGGAUUGACUGAGGAAGCUGAGGAACUGAAGGAAGGAUUUGAUGAGAACGAAAAGGUUCCGGAGGUGAACCCCAACGCGGCCCUCCUGCAGCCCCCGCCCCCCAUCAUGCAGUCAGAAGACAACUGGCCCCUACUGACCAUGUCCAAGGGGUUCUUUGAAGGGGCCAUGUCCAGGGGGAAGGGCGGGGCUUCCAUGGUUGCCGAGGUGGAAAUGGAGGCGGAAGAAGACGGCGGAUGGGGCGAGGAUGCCGAACUCGUCUUGGAUGGCGGUGAUGAGUUUGGGGAUGAGGUUGCAAUUGGUGGUGGCGAUGACGAGGAUGGAGGUUGGGACGUCGGAGACGAUGACCUGGAGCUUCCUGCUGACCUGGAGAUAUCUGGAGGACCAAUGGCAGGAGCAGGGGAGGAUGGGUAUUUCCUGCCUCCAACCAAGGGCACCAGCCAAGCCACGGUCUGGUGCAACAACUCUUCCCUACCGGUGGACCACAUACUCGCUGGCUCCUUUGAGACUGCUACAAGGCUCUUGCAUGAGCAAGUUGGUGUGGUAGACUUUACCCCAUACAAGCAACUGUUCAUGCAGACCCACGCCAGGGCGCGGACGUCUUAUCUUGGCCUGCCUGCCCUCCCACCCCUCAUGGGCUACCCUCAUCGCAACUGGAGGGAAGCCGGGGCCCGUGCUGGUCAGGCCGCGGUCGGCAUGAAGCUCAGUCAUCUCGUCCAGAGACUACAGGCAGCCUAUCAGCUGACCAUGCAGGGCAAGUUUGCUCCGGCCGCUGAACGCUUCAGGACCAUUCUACUCAGCGUCCCGCUACUGGUGGUGGACAACAAGCAGGAAAUUGCUGAGGCUCAGCAACUGAUCAGCAUCUGUCGUGAGUACAUCCUGGGUCUCUCCAUGGAGAUCUUCCGCAAGGAGCAACCCAAGAGCUCCCUGGAGGAACAGAAGAGAAACUGCGAGCUGGCAGCCUACUUCACUCACUGCAACCUGCAGCCUAUCCAUCAAGUCUUGACGCUGCGUACCGCUCUCAACCUCUUCUUCAAGCUCAAGAACUUCAAGACGGCCGCAUCCUUCGCUCGCCGACUACUGGAACUUGGACCCAAGCCAGAGGUUGCCGCUCAGACACGAAAGAUCCUCAUUGCUUGCGAGAAGAACCUGACCGACGCCCACAAGCUGAACUACGAUGAACACAACCCAUUUGACAUAUGCGGGGCCACUUACAAGCCAAUCUACAGGGGAAAGCCAGUUGAGAAGUGCCCGCUGAGCGGCACCUGCUACCUGCCGGAGUUCAAGGGGUCAAUCUGUCGCAUCACCCAGGUCACGGAGAUCGGGAAAGAUUGUCUAGGGCUCAGGAUAAGCCCAAUACAAUUCCGUUGAGUAGUCAAGAAGAAUUACCGAUACAGCAACACAAGAAUUGUGACGUCAAGAAGCGCUUGUAAUUUCUCUAGUAGCCAUUUUGUGCUUGUUGAAUAUUUACGGUCGUGAACUUCACAUUUUAUUGCCCAUAGUUAUUGCUUACUGAGCCACAUUGUGCAGUACCCA